AUGAUAAAAGAUUACGAUUAUUUAUUUAAAUUAGUUAUAAUUGGAAAUAGUGGAGUAGGAAAAUCAUCACUUUUAUUAAGGUUUAGUGAUGAUUAAUUUAAUGAAAAUUAUUUAACGACUAUAGGUGUCGAUUUCCGUUUUAGAACAUUAAACAUAGAAGGAAAAUCAGUAAAACUUUAAAUAUGGGAUACUGCAGGUUAAGAAAGAUUUCGAACAAUUACUUCUGCAUACUAUAAAGGUGCAGAUGGUAUAGUUCUUGUCUAUGAUAUCACCUCUUAGAAUACUUUCGACGAUAUAGAAAAAUUUUGGAUUAGUGAAGUUGAAAGUUAUGCUGAAAAAAAUGUUGAAUUAAUGCUUAUUGGAAAUAAAAAAGAUUUAAAUUAAUAAGUUACUACAUAAAUUGCAGAAGAAUAUGCAAAACACAAAAAUAUGGAAUUCUUUGAGGUUUCUGCAAAAACUGCUGAUAGCGUGUAGUAAGCUUUCUUAACCCUUUCAAAAAAAUUAAUGGCUAAAAGAGAGCCUAAGAAUCAGUAAGGAAAUAAUUAAUAGCAUUCUUAAUAAAGAUAAAAUGUACAAAAUCUUGGCAAUCCUAAAUUUUAAUAAAAAGCUGAUAAAGGAGGAUGUUGUUGA